GGGGAAUAUAUAUUUUCUGUACGUCUGGAAUGAAUCUGGGGGAGGCAAAACAGAAAAUAUUUGCGUUGGAGAUGGCGUGGAGGGUAUACCGAUGGAGUCCGAAGGGGGCUUGGGAGCAAAGCCCGAGUUCUGGACACGAAAGACGGGCGGCUGGGAAAAAGGUAUCAGAUGGAAAGCGUGAGGAAAUAGGCGGAGUUGGGUGGCGGGAUAUGCCGGGGGCGUGCAGUGUGAGAGAGUUGGUGGUAGUCGUCUUGGAGUGUGCCCUGGUCUACCCAUAUCCUGGUCUACCCACCGUCUCUGCCAGUCUCUUUGCUGCUUACUCCGUCUCUCUCUUCUUCAUCCUGUCGACCCUCGCGCCAGUCUAGCCAUGUCCGCCUCCGCUGGACGCAAAAAGUCCAUCAUCUCUUCGGCAGGCCCUGUCAUCGAAGUUCCCGU